AUGGUUUCCGAGGAGUUGUUGGAGAAAUGCUUGGAGAUCCUACAGGAUCAAGCGCUAGAUGAAGAAGAGCAAGUGGAAAAAGUGGAAGACUACUUGCGCGCCAACACAUCCCUGGUCGGAUCACCGCUAGAGAAUGCGGUGCUGGACAUUCUAUGGCGGCAUCGCAAUCGUACCCUCCCAGAUUCGUCUCCCCCUCCCCCUCGCCAUACUGUGAUUCGACGAUCAUCUCCAGCGCCAUGGCAGAUGGCGCGAUCAUCGACUCCUCUAUCCCCUUCGAAUCUUGGAACCAGUCCCGGGAGCACCUCGUGGGUGCAGAGCUCGCGCGGGGCAUUCUCCCGCCCUCCACUCUCCUCAACCGUGUCUCCGUUUACCUCCCCACGACCCUCGCCUCGACUGGCCCUAGCACAGCCUAUCCCACACUCCCCGAAUUUAAAUGCAUAUGAAUUUUCAGACCAAAGUCAGCUAUCCGACUUCUAUGGUGAUUUUGGCAGUGAUAGCAAUGUCGACUGGCUAGUGGGAGACGAUGCAAAUAGCGUCACCUCGUCUACGGGCUUUAGUAUCCAAGGAUCGCUGAGCGCAACAGCUGCGGAAUUUGUGCCGGAUAUGAGUCCGCAUGACAUUCUGCGCACUGUUCUGGGCGAUAAACGAUCCAACGACGAAAUCGAGGCGGCGCUGGAAGCAAAUAGUUAUGAUCUCGGGGCGACCAUCGCAGCACUUUCGCAAGACACAGAGGCGGAGGUAUUUGCAAAGCACCAUGACGAUGGUCGCGUGCUGGUUGGCAAGUCAAUGGUCAUGGACAAGAGUCGCCCCAUCACUCCAUCGGGGCUUGAGCGAAGCCCCGUAGUUUGCAAGUACUGGUUGUCUACGGGGCAAUGUCUUCGCGCAGACUGUCGUUUCAGCCACGACUUGACCAGCCACCUAUGCAAAUACUGGGUUAUGGGCAACUGUCUGGCAGGCGAUGGAUGUCCGUUUUCGCAUGACCCCUCGGCACUGGUUUCAACCCUGAGUGUCUCAGGAAGCAGUCGGCCAACCUCGCCGCCCGGUGGAUCACCUUUCCAAGUAGACAGUGGAUCAGAUGCGUUCCCUCCCUUGCAGUCAUCAGGCACAGAAGACCAAUGGGCCUAUCAGUAUGGCCGGUAUCCUACGCAUCUUUCUGGUCUCCAGGGAAGUAAGCUUCCUCCCGGUCUGCACCCAGGCAUGGGAAGAAGAAAUGGCAGCCUGACUCCCUUGGGACGUCCGAAUUCCCGCCCAAGCAGCCGGCACCAGAAUCGAGAGCUAAAUCCUACUGCUCCGUCUGUAGAUGACCCUGAUGCAUUCCCAACCCUGGCGGCGGUCAAUGCGAAGAACGCCGGAAAGAAACACCAUGGAAAACGGGGCCAGCGUGACAAUGUGGGCAAAGAAAAUAUACCAUCCUCAUUGGCAGACGUGGUCCGCAUGUCUCCAUCUCCUACCCCUGGUAAGGGUAAAUCCUCUAAGAAUAAUAAGGAUAUCAAGAGCCGCGAAAACAGCGCCGCAGCUCAGUCGAUUAAACCGCCACAGAAUAUUCCUUGGCUUGAAACUGGUGCGCGGGCAAACCAACAGUACAUCAAGUAUCGUACAGAAGCAAUUCGCCACGGGACCGUACGAAACAAGUUUCUACAAAGUGCCGCUCAAGCGUGGAACAGAAACGAUGCACGAGCUGCCAAAGCUCUAUCUCUACGCGGCCAAGCGGAAAACGACGCCAUGCGUCGCUGUCACAGAGAAGCCGCACGCCAGCUGUACGAAUCGCGCAAUCAACACUUACUCCAGGCGGGCCUGGACGAAGCCUCCGAGGAGCUCUACGUUGAUUUACAUGGUCUCCACCCAGAAGAGGCAAUCGAAUACCUGGAAAAGAUCCUCCUAAAACAUUCUCGUGAGGGCCUCCCGGUUGUCUACGCGAUUACCGGCACCGGCCAUCACUCGAAAAACGGAAAAGAUAAGAUUGGCAAGGCCGUCAAGGCCUGGCUCAACGAAUGGCGGUACUUAUUCCGAGAAUUCAGCGUGCCUGGCGAGCGGGGAGGCUACGUUGGUGGCAUUCUUGGCAUUGACCCGACGAGCUAUGACAAGUCAAUUGCUAAGAAUUUUACCGAAAAUGAUGCGGGAGACGAGACUGCACAGCCUAAUCUUGUGAUGGGCAAGAUCCAACUUCUUAAGCGAGAGGAUAUAGAAACGAAUGAAUGA